ACACCACCUGUCCAUUCACGUCACAGGGAGGGAGAGGGGCCAAGCUGUAGGUUUGAAGAGGGUGUGGGAUGUUUGUCUCUGUUUUAGAUAAAAAACAACAGAUGAUGCCGCCCUUCGUUGGACAAGCUAUCAUGUUCCGUCACGUCAGCAGCACAGUAACCUUGAGCUAAUGGCAUGGUAACAGGCUAAGAUAAACUGUGGACACGAUAGUCAGUCAGUUCACGGUCGAGGCAACACGGAAGGACUCUGCUCUCAAAGAUAAAAUCAUGAAGUUUUUAACCACCGAGCAGAAAAAGUUCUAUGAUGACAAUGGCUACAUUGUGCUGGAUAUUCUUACUGAUGAAGAAAUAUCGGAACUGAGUGAAGACUUUGACCGAAUCUUUGAAGCCAAGGAUGGAGCAAACUUGGAAGCUACGUGGCAAGGCAACUGGAAAACAGACGAGAAGAAGAAUGAAGUGAAGUCCAUUCAUGGACUUCAGAUGUACUCUGCUGCAUUCACACGCCUUCUGCUGAAUGAGAAGAUGCUGGAUGCUUGUGAGGAUAUCAUGGAGACACCCAAUAUCCUCCUCCACCACACCAAGGCCCACUCAAAGCCCCCAAACACUGGCUCUCCUUUCCCCAUGCAUCAGGACUACCACUAUUUUCCCUUCAAGAAUGAUUCCAUGAUAGCAGUGUUUAUAAGUCUGGAUGCCUCUGAUCCCGGCAAUGGUGGGCUGUGUGUGUACCCCGGCUCCCACAAGCUGGGUCCACAGGAGGACGUCAGUAAUGUUACUAGCUAUCACUACUUAAACCAGGAAAAGUUUCCAAUUGAGAAGGCCACACCUCUGACCUUGAAGAAGGGACAGGUUGUGGUGUUUUCCUACCUCCUGAUCCAUGGCUCCUACUACAACACCUCAUCUGACCGUGUUCGUCGCAUGCACUUGAUGCAGUUGAUGUCAGGAGAUGAUGUGCCCCUGGCUGUGAUGCACCUGUCAGACUGCCAGGGGAUGGUGCUGCGAGGACGGUGCUUCACCAGGGAAGCAGACAUCAAGAAGAGACACCGAAAGUUCAUGGAAGAGCAAAUAGCAGCACAGAGUGGAAUGUGAUCCCUGCAAGGUGUCCUGACUUGAAGCUUUAUUGAAUAUUGUUUGUAAGUAAGUACAGUUUUCAGCUAUUUAGGUAGAGCUGUUAAAUCUUCCUCUGUUGUUUAUUUAGAGUUUAUUUGAUUUGUUUUUUUGGAACGACUGGGUUUUUCAAAACAAGUAUCUUGAAAGAAUGAUGUACUUGUACUUGAGGCAUGGCUAGUAAUUUGCUAACUAGCUAAAUAUUUGAAUCAACUUUGUGAUACAAAUUUGUAUGAAAUACCUUUUAUAUAAUUAAGGACCCAUCUAAUAAAUGUAAAGUUAUGUAUUUUAUAAAAGAUUUAUAUUUGGUAGUUUUCACCGUUGUAAAUUACUUGAUAUACUUAAUGAAUAAGUUUCUAGAAAAUUGUAAAAUAUAGACAGAGAAAAGUCUCAUUUAAGUUUGGGUUUACAUAUUUGAUUAGUUGAGAGUCCAUUAUAAUUGUGUUUGCCAUGUAAGCUAUAAGACUGCAUUGCAUUCUUUCAUUUACCUUUUAGUUUGAAGGGUGAUAUGAUAGUCUUGUAUUAUCUGCACAUUUCCUAACACACACUUAUACACACAAACAAUCUGUGUAGUUGUUGGACUCAUAUUUGGAGUGCUGACUCCUUCCUUAGUCUGUUCUGGGAAGCAGGAUCACUCUGAAUAUUGCUGGUAAACACUUUAGCUACUAAUGCCUGUAAGACGUGCGACACACCUAGAGUUGAGGAUUACCACUAAGUACAAAAUGAAGAAAAAAUUGAUAUAGUUAGUUGUUAUUACUGUCAUUAUUGUCACUAUGUUGUUAUUCUAUUCAUGUUUGUUGAUAUUAUUAUUUAUUUAUUUUUUUUCUAUAUCAGACUUACAGUGUCAUUACUGUACAGCCUCAAUGGUGCUGCAUCAAAUGUCCCAGCUCCUCGUGACCUCUCUUAAUUGUCACUUGUAAUAUCCUGACUGCCAUGAUGAGGUGAUUUUGUUCCUUAUUUUGCCAUAAUGCUUUAAUAAGUCAACAGUAACAAUGGCAUGUAGCAAUUACUAAGUAUAUCUUGGUAGGAAGUUGACAUGCAUACCAGAAUUUAUGUAGUUGUUAUCUAAGCUCAGUCAAUUUCCAUGUAUAUAAUUGGUUAGUAACAUUGGCAUCAGUAGUGUAUUAGAUAUAAUACCUUAAAAAGACCCAUGAGUAUCAGAUUAUUUGAUUAAUUGAUUUUUCUUUUCUUUUUUUUUUAUAUCUGGAGUACAAAUGGUACUGUUCAAAUGAAAAUAAAAGUGUACUUUUCAAAUAAUGCAUUACUGAAAUAUG